GAAACGAUGACAAAUACGUUCGAAUCAGACCAAAUAGCGUAGCUAACGCAAAUACCUGCGCACUAUUUGUGGCGCAGAGCUCAUGCCUUGAUUGUAAUACUUACUACGCUGUCAAGGCAGACAUGGAGAAUCAAUAACACCAGGUUGAAGGGACUGCACCACUGUGUGCCAUGGAGUUUCUCCCAGUGCUUGACCCUGUAGACAGACCUAAAGAAGGAAUCUGGUACUCAUUGAUACCAAAUGGUAGCGCUCCAGGUGUCAGUGUGGGUCAUACCUGCAUGUUUGUUCCUUCUGAAGAUGAAAGAAAAGGAAGAAUCCUUAUCGUCGGGGGAGCCAACCCCAGUGGCAGUUUUUCAGAGUCAUAUGUUUUAAAUCUAGAUAAUCAUGAAUGGAUCAUAUCGGAGUGGAAAGGUUUAGAGGCCCGAUAUGAACACUGUAGUUUUGUGUCCAAAAGCUAUCCACAUUGCCUGUGGGUGUUUGGUGGGGCAGAGCAGACAGGGAAUCGCAAAUGUGUCCAGAAAAUACAGCUAUCUGACGAGGAGCCUCGGUGGAAGAAUGUGGAAGCAAAAGGGGAACUUCCCAGUCCCAGGACGUACCACACCAACUCAGCCUGCAUAGGGGACAAACUGUAUGUGUUUUCUGGUGGGGAAGCAGGCGCUGCACCCGUCUCAGACGCCAAACUUCAUGUGUUUGAUACAGUUACUUCCACUUGGUUUCAGCCAGAAACGCAAGGUAGGCAGCCAGCAUCCAGACACGGACACGUUAUAGCUGCUGUUUGCUCAAAGAUUUUUAUUCAUGGAGGCAUGGCUGGAGACAAGUUCUUCAAUGAUAUGUAUUCUCUAGACUCAGGUAUUAUGAAGUGGGAGAAAGUGCAGUCAAAAGGAGAUAUCCCGCCAGGAGUAGCAGCCCAUUCGGCUGUGGUACAGGGUACAAACAUCUACAUAUUUGGAGGAAUGACUGUAGAUGGUGCCAUCAACUCCAUGCACAGAUUUAAUACUGAGAAGAAGAGAUGGACCCUGAUGAAAUUUGAAGAUUUGCCACCAAAUCGCCUGGACCACUCCAUGUGUUUGUUGCCAUGGCAGCUGUGUAGGGAGGGGGAUGCAGAUGGGAAACAGACUGACAGUUCAGAUUUUGAAACCAUUAAUCUAGCUUUUAUUUUUGGGGGAAUGGACACCCAGGGUGUCAUCUAUAAUGAUUGUAUUGUGACAGUUGUCAAGUAAACUAUUGUAAUAAAGUCGAACUCACGGUAUCAAAGUAAAAAGUUAAA